AUGGACGUAUCUGCUCUGCCUCUCAAUCUCUGUGGACUGACACCUCCGAAAAGAUCAUCCGACAAAACGCUCUGUGCAUCGAGCUACUGCCGGCAGGAAUACCGUGGACAAGGGACACGAGGUGAGUCGACCGCCGUCACAGCAUCUCCUGAGCCUUUCCGCAUUGGGGGCGUUCCGGGUGCACCGCCACAGGUGCCAUCACUACCAUCGAAAUCACGACAUUCGACCAGUCAUCAUUUCUUCCCUCCUUCCAAGUCUUUCCUACCCCGUCUCCACCGCAAAUUUAGCGACCUCGUCCGUCCUGGUUCGAGGGUGAUCCGGCUCGUUAUGCCGGCGAUGGAUCCCAUAGUACUUGCCGAGUCGGAUAGUACCUCGGAAAUCGAUGAACAGACCAAAACCUGGGAAGCCUCACUUUCCGUCCACGAGGAUCUCAAUGAUCCCAAGUCGCCGAUAGAGUGCGGUAUUGGCCAUCGCGUCCAGGCUAGCAGAUCGGUCUUGGCUCUUGUCAUAGAUAAUGAAUGCGUCUUCGCUGGUCUCCAGGGAGGAGACAUUGUCGCUUGGUCUCUCGAGACAUAUGAUCUAGUCCUCUCGGUGCACGCGCAUCAAGAAAGUGUACUCGAUCUUUAUCUGUCGGAGGAUGGCGAUCUGCUCUUCUCGAGCGGUGGAGACUCCGUCAUCAAUGUUUGGUCGACCAGAACAUUUGAUCGACUAUACUCUAUUCAUACACACCAUGAUGUGGGUGAUAUAUUCGCGGUAGCCUACUCGUCGACUUUGAACACCAUCUAUUGUGGUGGACAAAACACAAGUAUCCAGUGGUGUGAUAUCUCCCAGGCCGACGCUGCUACGACGCAGUUGUCGACCGCCCAACUGUCGAAGCGCACGCAUCGCUUCUUUGAUUCUCGCGGUCCCGACGGCUCUCGCGCUCCGAGACCAGAAGCAGGAUCUGAUGGAGUCCGCCCGGUCACGGAGGGUGGCCAAGUCCUGACCUUCAAGCGCGAUCAUCAUAGGCUAUUCUCACAUCACGGGUAUGUAUAUACGAUGCUCCUCGUUCGAGGAUUAAUCGAGUCGGCACCGAGCGAAGAGGUGCUUUUGACCGGUGCUGGUGAUGGCGUUGUCAAGUUAUGGCGCUUGGAACAAGACAAAUCUAACGCCGUUCCCACCCAAAUGGCCAAGCUACAAAAUGGGGAUCCGGUUCUUUCGAUCGCUGUGGAUGGAUCUUUCCUUUAUUGUGGUCUCGCCGGAGGUGCCUUGAACAUUUGGAAUCUCGAUUCUCAUCAGCUGGUGAAGCGAAUCACUCGGCAUACGGGCGACUUAUGGGCUGUCGACAUCAUUCACGGUGUAGCAGUUUGUGGUGACUCUAAUGGAAUUGUGAAGAAAUUCAAUUCUCGAUUUGAAGAGGUUGGCAGUUGGGCGGCCCACGAGGGUACGAUGCUGGCAUCCGCUGCAGGUCAAUACAAGGACCGGUUUAUCUAUGCCACCGGAGGCAACGAUAACACGGUUGGUAUUUGGGACGUGACGGAGGUUUCCUUGAGCCAGGGCGAACUGCCUCAAAUUAACAAUGACGAAAUGGUGAACUGCCUGGCGAAGUUUGUUGGUUUCAAAACUGUUUCCGCUAGUCCAAAAUUUUCCGGCGAAUGCAACCAAGGUGCAGCCUUUCUACGACGACACUGCAUCUACUUAGGCGCCAAGACAAAGCUCCUAACUACCGGAGAGGACACGAACCCCAUCGUGCAUGCGCGGUUCAAUGCGACAUCUCCUAAUAAGGUUGACAAAACCAUCUUAUUCUACGGACAUUACGACGUGGUCGGAGCCGAUGCCAAUCGGGCCAAAUGGAAGACCGAUCCGUUCCAGUUGACCUCUAUGGACGGAUUUCUGUAUGGUCGAGGUGUCUCGGAUAAUAAAGGUCCUAUAUUGGCAGCCCUUUAUGCAGCCGCCGAACUUGCUCGGCAGAAGGCACUUCCCUGCGACGUUGUGUUCAUUAUUGAAGGCGAGGAAGAGUCCGGCUCCCAGGGAUUUCACGAGACAGUCCGGGCACACAAAGCUCAAAUUGGCCCGGUGGACUGGAUCCUGUUGGCGAACAGUUACUGGUUAGAUGAUUUCAACCCUUGCCUGACGUAUGGCCUGCGUGGCGUCGUCCAUGCCAACUUGAUUGUUUCCAGUGAUCAUCCAGAUCUUCACAGUGGUAUUGAUGGAAGUUCGUUGUUGGACGAACCCUUGAAGGACCUCACCCUACUUCUAGGCACUCUGAUGGGUCCCAGAGGGCGCAUCAAUAUCCCCGGCGUUCAAGAUCCGGUCCUGCCUCUCACAGAGGCGGAAAAGCAGCGCUACGCCGACAUUGCCCAAAUUCUUCUGCAGCGGCACCCCGAAAUCACAGACCGCGAGGCCCUGAUAAAUUCCCUCAUGCAUCGUUGGCGCGAACCGUCACUCACGAUUCAUUCCGUGGAAGUCCCAGGUAACAACAAAAGCACGACGACCACCAUCUCUCGAAAGGCGAAGGCUAGUCUAUCGGUGCGACUUGUGCCAAAUCAAGAAGCGGAUGACAUAGCCGCUAGAUUGACCAUGUAUGCCCAAGAACAGUAUGACCUGUUAGGUUCACAGAACGAUCUUACCGUCGAGAUCACGGGCAAAUCUGAUCCCUGGCUUGGCGAUCCGGAUAAUGAAAUGUUCGAAACUCUUGACGAGGCCAUCACAGCCGCAUGGACACCGGAUCAGCAGAACCAAAAGCACCAAUAUCCUCCUAUUCAGCGGAGCCCACAAGAGCGAGCGGCACCAUCCAAGGACUUGCUGGGACCUGCGGUCAAACGGAAGGACUCGUCCGACAGCCUGGCCUCUCACAUUGACCGCAUUAUCAUGUCGACCACUACAUCCUCCGCGGGGAAAAAGUCUUCUCGGAAACAGUCAUCCCUAAGUAGGACCGUUCCGACUUCGUCGACACUAACGAACAAAUCGGGCGCCGUCUCCUCGAGCGAUGCCACGCGCGAGUCCUCCCCUGUGUCUCAUACUGAGACGCCCAUCACACCUGCUACCGGACCUAUCUCCGGGCCGUCAGGCGUGCGACCUAUCUAUAUCCGAGAGGGAGGAUCCAUCCCUACGAUUCGGUUCCUCGAGAAGGAAUUCUCCGCCCCGGCAGCUAACUUGCCGUGCGGACAAGCCAGUGACAACGCGCACUUGUACAAUGAACGGUUACGUGUGGAGAACCUAUACAAAAGCCGAGAAAUUUUUAGCUACCUCUUUUCUAGACUUCCGGGUAAGCACUUAUCAGACAUAUCGAUCACCAUGGGAGAAGCAUCCGAUUCAGCCUACGUCCUAGACCGAAGUCUGGAUGAAUCCAAAAAGCUUAACGCCCAGCAAAGCUUCUUCACCAAGUUGCUCAACAAUGAUCUCGUUCAUCCCUCGAUCCCAAGACACUCGUUGAAUACUAUCGCAGACGUCGCAACUGGAACUGGACUGUGGAUCAAUUCUCUCCCUAAUUACCUUCGCUCUGUCGACAACCACACAUCCUCCCUCACUCUACAUGGCUUUGAUAUUUCCGCCGACCAGUUCCCUUCUACGGAGAAGACGACUGCCCCGGGCCAUGAAAUUCAGUUCCUGGUCCAUGAUAUUCAGAAUCGUUUUCCAGAGACUUAUUGGGGGAAAUAUGACCUUGUGAAUGUAAGCUUCUUGGUUGCUGCCCUUAGAGAGGGGGAGUAUGAGGCUUCCAUAAGGAAUUUGUUGGAGAUCCUGACUACGUCCAAACCCAACGGCUACCUCCAAUGGACAGAAGCCGACCCUUCAAUCCUCGGCAAGAUCCAACUCCCUAGUCUGGAACUCAAAACCAUCCCUCAUAUGACCGAAAUUAUAAAAGAAGGCAUGUCGCACGUCGGAUUCUGUCUAGACCCUCCACAAAGAAUCCAACGUAUCGCAAAGGGGGUGGGAUUCACUCAGGUUGAAAAGCAUACCUUUUCUGUUCUCGACAGAGCGGAUCUGCGCGGGCAGGCGAGAGAGUGGUUAGGAUCGGUCUGGAGAAAAACGCUUCCGAUCGUGAUGAUACAGUCGGGAAGGGUUGGGGGUAUAGAGGAGACCGGUGAGAUGGCAGAGGAGUGGAUCGAGAAGAUCGAGAAGGAGUGGAUCGCACCUAAGGGUGGCUAUCUAUCGCCCCCAAAAUUCAGCUUACGCCUCCCUCUCGCCCUUUUUCUCCUUCAAGAGGCAUCACUGUCACACCAUGGUGUGGCUCCAGCUUAUGGCGGCAUGAAUUCCAAGAAACAGCUCUCGCUUACUUUGUCGCCCUCGUACCGUCUAGGGGUUUCGAUUCGCGAGGUCUGGAUAUCUUUACGGACUUUGAUGCAGGUUGUUGAUGGUUCGACUUCCUAG